UUGGGUCAGUGUAAGAGUGGUCUGACAAUGAGCACACAGUCAAACACCAUGAUGACCUUCACGUCGCCUCGCCACGGUCUAACUCCUCAGACCUUUGUCACCGUGUUCCUCCUUCUCUCAGCAGGUGCCAUUGUUCCCAUUUGCUGUUACAAAGUAAGCGAAGGCGGCGUGGCCUCACUGUCCUGCCAGUAUUCGGUGAAGCGAUUCGGCCUGAGUCGGGUGUGCUGGGGCCGGGGCUGCGGAACCCUCUGGUGCAGCAACACCCUAAUCCAGACCGACGAGAACGGUGUCAUCUCCAAGGCGGAUGAGCGCUACCGGCUGACGGGAGACAUCCUGGAAGGACAAAUGGACUUGGACAUCGCUGAUGUGAGGCGGAGCGACAGCGGGCCAUACUGCUGCAGGGUGGACAUUGACGGGCUGUUCAAUGACAAGAAGGUGAUCAUGAACCUGCGGGUGGUCAAAGGUGCGUUGCUCAAACGCAUCAGUUCGCUCAUUUAUUUCAAGCAGCAGGAAGACACAGAAAACAUGCAGGACCCCGGGACCGCUUUACCUGCAGCGCUGUCUUGCUUUGUUUGGUUUUUAUCGCUGUCAGCUUCAAUCAACAGUCCUACAACAACAAGCGCAACAACAACAACAACAACAACAAGCACAACAAUACAAGUCACAGAGGCGUCGACGACUUCUGGAGUUAAUGGGAACACGCUGCCUCUGUCGCCUCAGCUAGACCUUGUCAAGGGGAACUCGACAAAGCUGCACUCCACCACAAUCACUGCGGUCAAGCCCGCUGCGUCACUCUCCCUUCACAUCAACGUUCCUGUCCUGUCGCUCUCCCUCAGCGUGCUGACAACGCUGGCGGCCAUUUUUUUGUGCCUGGCCUUCAAGCGUACGUCUUCGUCCUCAUCGCCGGCAUGAAUAUGAAGUCUGUCAACUGGAAUGUUGUCGUUGUCAAUCACUCUCACACUCUUUCUUUCUCACACACUCUCUCUUGCACUCUCUCUCUCUCACUCUCUCUCGCUUUCUCGUACAGGUGGUUCUUCCGGGGCGGUGUUAAGGCGCGGCUGGUGAGCACGUCGUUCUUUUCAAACUCUCUCUAUUCAACUGAGUAUUUUCAAGGCCAAAUAUCUUGACGAGAGCCUUUUCACGUAUUGGGAAUAGCAGAUUAAUCCUGUUUGCUACGGGUAUUCCCGCAAGCCAUCAUCUGCUCAAAUGAGGCCGCCGUUUAAGGGUUUUGAUUCAUUUUGGUCGAAAAUGAAAAUUGGCCACAAACGGAAAGUAGUUUGAAGAGACCUUGAUCAUGGUAUAAUUCUCUCUUCCAGUUUUUCAAGCGAGGAACCACCUCACAUCAUCUACGAGAUCAGGUUGAGAAGAGCAGUUCAAGAAAAUAUCUACACUCUUGACUAGAUUCGACCACGUCAGGUCAACUGGACUGAAAUUCAACAACAACUUUCUCCAUCGUGUUUUGACGAUCUGAUUUAUGACUUUUUCUUCUUUUUCUUUUUAAUUGCGUCGACCAAAUGAUGUGUUCUUGUUCUUAAACUGUGAAUAAAGGUACUUUUGCUGAGA